UCUAUCUAAGAAAAACAGACGAACUCCUUAAUGAACCCGUGACUCUUAAAUCAGAAGAAAAUUGUAGUGAUUUGGACACAAUGGAUAAAAAAACUGCUAGUAAAAGAUCUGGAAAACGGAGAAAGUCUCAGUCGUCUAGUGACAUUCCAAAUGGAGAGAGAAACCAGACUGAGAAUACUGCAAGAGAAGAAUCUGGUUUUGAGGAUGAUGCCCAUUCUGAGGUAUUUUCAGACAAGAUAAUAAAUCCUGAACGAAAAGUGAGGUCUCUUCAACAGACUCCUGAAAGAAAUUCCUCUUCCUCAGGUAGUAAUCAGGACCUAAAAGUUGGAUCUGCUAACAAAGGGGCGUCUAAAGCUGAAGCUGACAAGGGCAAGCAGCAGGUCUCGAACACAAGCGCUGCAAGGAGAAGAUCAUAUAAAAAGAAUCAGUCGGAUACUGUACCCAUUUCCCCUACUGGUUUGAAGGGUCAGGUGAAAGAUUACUCUUCAAAAAGACAACCUUUGGCAUCGCCAGAGACUAACCCAGUAACAAAAAGAACUUCAGUGGAAAAGGGAACUAUGCCUGUGGCUUUUGGGGAAGACAGUUUGGAAUCUCCCAAAGCUUCUUUGGCUGCUAAGACAGAAGACUUGGUGUUUGCUGAAAGCAGAAAUGAUACGAAGGCAGUAAAGAAUGGUAAUGGUCCAGAUGGAAGAGCUUUCUUGCAUGCUGAUGGGUUAAAAAAUGGAGACCUGUGUCUGUCAGCUGAGAGACAGACAAAUUCUGAUUUAGACACCUCGAAGCUGAAGAGUUUGGAUGCUUCCAGAACAGUCAUGACAAAGAUUAGCCUUCCAGCCAAACCGAAGAACAUAGAGCUGAAUUUUAAAACACCUAUGAAUCAAGACAGUUUAGAAAGUGAGCAGGACACUCUUGAAAAACCAGUUAAUAAAACUAACAGCAACAUUGCCAACAAAAUUUCCUUGUUUGAAAACAAAUGUGCCAACCAGAGCCAGAGACCUACUGACAUCCCUGCUUCAAAAAAUAAUGCUGUACCAAGCACAUUCGUCGGCAGAGCAAAGCUGAAAUUUGGAAAACAACCUAAAGAAAAUGAACAGCCUGAUAAAACAUUAAAUAAACAAAGCAGUCGCCAGAAGUUAUUUGAGAAUGGCACAUUGGAGAAGGAGGGCACUGCAGAGUUAAAAGGCAAAAAUGGAGAAAUCUUUACCUCUUAUGAGGAUAUUGGGAAGACAACAGAACUUAAAGUAAAAGCUGCCAUAUCCCUUUUUAACCAAAGCAGCAAAAGUGAUGCUGGUAGCGUCUCUCUGAAGCAACCAGAAUCAGAAUUAACCACAGCAAAGAAAGAAAGUUCACCUUUUAAACUGCCUUUGCACUCACCUGUAAAAACUGAAAAUGCUCAAGAUCCUUUCUACCAAAGAAAUUACCCAAGCUCAGAAUUCCAUAGAAAUGAAGAAAAAGUGCUGCCAAACACAGAGGCUUUAUCACCUUGCAAUGAUGAUAAAUAUCCUCUACCAUCUCAGGUUUCCAGAUCAGAAUUUAAGAAGAUGGAAAAUGGAGAUAAAAAGGUAAAGCCAGGAGAUUUGAACUUUGCAGCACUGCAGUAUGAUGACAGCAAUCAAGACAGUGUAUUGGAAUCAGAGCACAACACCAAUACACAAAAGAGCCCAGGGAAAACCUGUAAUGGAUCUGCUGAAGAUGACAGCAUUUUUGAUUCCCCAUCUGACAUGAAGAAGUUUGCCGAAACAAUAAAAAACUUAGACAGCUCAGUUUGUUUACCACAGAAAAAGAAGAGGUCAAAGCUUCCCAAGUCUCCAGCACCCCACUUUGCAAUGCCUCCCAUUCAUGAAGACAACUUAGAGAAAGUAUUUGAUCCUAGUGUAUUUACUUUUGGUUUGGGACUGAGGAGGGAAAAAACACAGGAUCUGUUAUCAGCACAACAAAUGAAAAUGCAAAGCUUGGAAACAAUAGCCAGAGUCAGGCCCAAACGUGCAUCAACGGAGCAAAGUAUCAUAUUCAAAGCUCUGCAGUCAUGUAGAGAGGAACCUGCCUUUACUCAGGAAAUAAAUGGAAAGGAGAAUAUUGAUUGUACAGAUGGUGAAAUUAAGAGAUCAAGGCUUGAAAAAAGCUCCCUCUUCUCAAGUUUGCUGUCUUCUAAAGAAAAGUUUUUUAGCACUUCUGUCAGUUCAGUAAAUAACACAACAGGUUUUGCAACUGACUCCUCGGGGAUGCCUCCUUUACAACAGGAUGCUUCUGGGCCAUUCAUCAUGCCUCAAAAAUCUGAGUCUCUUUCAGAUAUGAAGCUUCCAAGUUUUGUGGAGAAGUACCUGCAAGCAGAUAGUGCAAAAAAAGAAUUAAGUUUACAAAUGCCCAGCUAUGGCAAUCCUGAGAAAGGUUUUUCGAGCUGGAUAGGAACAAGCAGAUACGAAUCAAAUGUCCCCUCUGGUUUAUUAGAUGUGGAUACACUUCCAAGAAAUGGACAAAGUAAAAUCAAUCCCAGACCUGGCAAGCUGGUGAUAUACUGUGAUUCAGACUGUCAAAAAGCUGGCAUUGAAGUUUUCCAUGAUGUUCCAGAUUGCAGUUCUUGGGUUCUAUCACCAACAAUUUUAGUUAAAGUCAUCAGAGGAUGCUGGAUACUCUAUGAAAAACCAAAUUUUGAAGGCCCCUCUAUUCCACUGGAAGAAGGAGAGUUGGAACUCACAGAUAUUUGGGGUGCAGGUGCUUCUGAAGAGCAAAGUGACUGCAAGUCUCAAAAGCCUGCAGUGAUUGGUUCAAUAAGACAUGUUGUUAAGGAUUACAGGGUUUGCCGAAUUGAUUUGUAUACAGAGCCUGAAGGGUUAGGAAUCGUGACUUCCUUUUUUGAUGACACUGAAGAAACAGGGGUGUUUGGAACCACUCAGAAGACUUGUUCUAUUAAAGUGCAUUGGGGCAUAUGGCUUCUUUAUGAAGAACCUGGUUUCCAGGGAGUCCCUUUAAUGUUGGAGCCUGGUGAAUAUCCUAAUUUAUUAUUCUGGGAGAAGAAGGAAGCCUACAUUAGGUCCAUGAGACCCUUGAAAAUGGGUGGUCGCAAAGUUGAAUUCAGUGGAGAGCCAAAGGUAAUUGUAUAUGAGAAGCCUUUCUUUGAAGGAAGACAUGUGGAAAUAGAAUCAGAGAUCUUUAUGCUUGAUGACAAGGAAUCAGAAGACAAGACAAGACUUCCGCUUACAUCAGUGGGAUCCAUGAAAGUACUGGGAGGAGUUUGGGUUGCUUAUGAGAAGCCUGGGUUUGAAGGCCAUCAGUACUUGCUGGAAGAAGGAGCAUAUCGGGAUUGGACAGACUGGGGUGGCUACGAUGAAGAGGUGCAGUCCUUGCGACCAAUUGUUGGUGACUUCACAAGCUCCCAUAUGAUAAUGUACAGUGAAAAAGACUUUGGACCAAAGGGUUCCAAUAUCAACGUGUUAGGCAUCAUUGCCAAUUUGAAAGACACUGGAUAUGGGCUGAGGACACAGUCUAUAAAUGUGCUAAGUGGCGUAUGGGUGGCUUAUGAGAAUCCUGAGUUUACAGGGGAGCAGUAUAUACUGGCUAAAGGGCUGUAUCCCAGCAUUGAGGCAUGGGGAGGAAAGAAUUGCAAAAUAUCUUCAGUUCAACCCAUUGUUAUGGAUAUUGUUGAAAGCGAAAGGGGUAAAGUCAAGGUCCAGUUAUUUUCAGAGCCUGAAUUCAAGGGUAACUGCCAAAUAUUUGAAAAAAACACAAGAUGUAUUGACUCAUUUGCUGUGAAGUCUUCAAAAAUUUUAGAUGGCAGCUGCAUAGUGUAUGACCAGGAGGAAUUCACUGGUAACCAGUAUGUAUUGGAAGAAGGGAUCUAUCCUGAUCUAACAGCAAUGGGUUGUUCACCCCAAGCAGUUCUAAAAUCUUUACGGAUCAUAAAUAUUGAGCUGUCUGAGCCCUGCAUAGCUCUUUUUGAAAAGACGGGUUUCCAAGGAAAGAAAAUCGAGUUCAGUACAGAAAUCUUAAAUCUUCAGUUCCUGGGAUACAAUCCUCGAAUAGCUUCAGUUCAAGUCCUUGGUGGCAUAUGGAUAAUUUAUGAACACAGUAAUUACAGGGGAUGUCAGAUGUUGUUAACACCAAAUGAAAUUCCAGACUGGUAUAAAGCCAGUGGCUUUUGUCAAAUAGGUUCUCUGAGACCUUUACUGCAGAAACGUGUGUACUUCAGGCUUCGAAACAAGGAAACAGGAAAAUUCAUGUCAGCUGAUGGCAACCUAGAUAAUCUGAAUCUUCUCAGAAUACAGGUUACAGAAGAUACAGACUCAGAUGAUCAAAUCUGGGUUUAUCAGGAUGGAUUCAUAAAGUGUCGGAUGGCAGAGGAUUGCUGCUUGACAAUUGUUGGAAAUCUUAUAACUCCUGGCUCUAAACUCGGUCUGUCAUUUGAGCGGAAUGAAGACAAACAAUAUUGGCAUAUUAGUCCUGAUGGCAGAAUUUAUAGCAAGAUGAAACCCAAGCUGGUUUUAGAUAUCAAAGGAGGCACACAGUAUGACUGUGACCAUGUCGUUGUCAACACAGUCAGUGAAGAAAAGUUAACACAGUGUUGGGAACCGCUGGUUGUAUAAACCCAGUGAAGCAGAGGUGAUAUUUGAAUUAGCCACUAUGCUGGACACUGGAAUUGGCACUGCCAUCUCUGAAGGAUACAGGAUCAAUGAUGAGAGUUUUGUCUUUUCUUCACAAUUUAAAAAAGAACAAGCAACAGAAUGAUUUCACCUCCCUAUCCAAGAUUAUUUUCCCUAUAAAAGCUUGAGUAUCUCAAAACCUUCCUUUUUUUUUUUUUUUUUUUUUUUUUUUGGUUU